AUGUACAUGUUGAUCGAACACCCUGAUAUUGAACGUCGCCUUCGCCAAGAAAUCUUCGAUACUGUCGGAAAUAGUGGUAGACCAAGCGAGGAAACUCUUCGAAUUGUUGCUAGUCAUCCCUCUGACUGCGAUGUAGAGGUCCUGAGACUUUACCCGCCCAUACCACUGAAUUCCAGAUUGUCCAACAAAGACAUCGUAUUCCCUCCCAUCGGAGUGGGGGAAAAACCAAUCUUCAUCCCGAAGAAUACAACUUGUCUUUUCCACAUCAUCAAUAUGCACCACCGGACCGAUCUGUGGGGUCCCGACGCCUUGAAAUUCGAUCCUGACCGGUUCCUGGACGAGAAGUACCAGAAGUACCUCGCUCACAACGCACACAUAUACGCUCCAUUCGGAACUGGACAAAGGUUAUGUCUUGGACAACAGUUCGCAAUUAACGAAGGGUCGUAUUUCCUGGUUCGCCUCCUGCAGCGCUUCACCGGGUUUACACUGGAGAGGGAUAUCACCGCCAAGCCUCCGCCAGAAUGGGUUUCGUGCUAUGGCUUGAAGGGAAGGGAGAAGAUACGAAUCGUGCCCCCAAGUGGGACACUUGUCCCGGGAGGCCUUUGGAUUCGUAUGCGAGAAUUGGACAUGAUACUGGGAGGCGCCAAUUUGGACGUGUAUAGCCGAAUUGUCUUUGAUCCCUGUCCGAACCCUUGCGAGAAGUCUUCUGAAAAUGAAGACAAGUGA